AUGUCCGCCACAUUCUCAAUACAACCGAUGGGUCGGUUCGCCGGGCAAAGCCAGCCCGUAAAGAGACCAAAGGAAAUCGCCUGCUUCUCAUACGAUGAAAACCAUGAGUUUCGCCUCGACGACUCAUCAAUGAAGUACUACUACACGCCGCAACUAGGCGUAGAUCUAUCCAAGGGCUUCAACACCUUCCAAAAACUAGAUGACUCAAAAGACGAGCAUCUAGACAGCUUGUUGAAGACCAUUAUGGCGCAUGAGAAGGAGGCGGGCAAGAAGAUUGAUGCCCAUGUAGUGACGUGGCGAGGCAUGAUGACCAAGAUUAUGGCAGCACUUUUCGAGCAGCAAGACGGCUUUGAGAUGAAUGCCACGCUAUACCAAGAUUGCAUAUUCAUCGAAGAAAACAACGAAUAUAAAGUCCAAUCUCGAGCUAGAGAGAACCACCGCGGCCCUCGGCGCGGUCCACCCUUAGACGUCAUGCAAUUCUGGGGCUACAAAUUCGAAACCCUCUCCACCCUUCCCAACCCAUGGGCCGAAACAUCAAGAGAAUACAUUGAGAACCGCGAAAACCAAAUCGUCAACAACAAAGAGCAAUACUGCUCCGUCGUGCGCACCGGCAUCGGCAAGUCCACCCUCUGCCUAGGCGGGGAAGUAGACGCAAUAUGGGAUUCAAAACCACACCCCGGCCAGCCUAUCAACUGGGUUGAGCUCAAGACUAGUGCGGAGAUCCGAUCUCCCGGGGACAUGGACAAUUUCCACCGCAAGCUCAUGAAGUACUGGAUUCAGUCGUUUCUGCUGGGCGUGCCCAAGAUUAUAGUUGGGUUCCGCACGAGGGAUGGCGUGCUGGUGGAAGUCAAGGAGAUUGAGACGCAUAAUAUUCCGCAGACGGUGAAUUCGAGGCAGGGAGCGAGGUGGAAUGCGGAUAUGUGUGUGAAUUUUGCGGCGGAGUUUCUUGAAUUCCUCCAAGCCACAAUCACCGAAGAAGGCAUCUUCCGCAUCCGUCGACACCCGUCAUCACCCACCAUCGAAGUAUUCAAAGUCGAAGAAACAGGCCACGGCAGCAUCAUAUCAGAGGAAUUCAAAAACUGGCGCAUCAAGUUAUCUCUAGGACCGAGUCCAGAGUCAUGA